ACAGAGGCAUGCUAGCCGCUGAGUCGAGUGCGGAGCGAGGGUUGGACAAGCCCGGAGGAUUCCAACGGAUGGAACAGAAUGCUCUUUUAACAUGUAUCCCAAUAAACGGAUGACAACUUGCAACGUUUACUGCAAACUUUCAGCGCUAGAAUAUAUGACGCUGGAUCAUUCGAUUUGACUAGAAUAGACCUUCUGUUAGGCUAUGCAGGUGUAGUCUGAUCAGCAGCGAGUGCGCUGAAAUGACUUGGACAGUCCUGACGCUGUUUGACUCUAACUGCAUUGCCUAAUGCCAUUUUACUCAGCGUUGACUUGACGUUUGGAACUCCAAUAUAGAAGCUGCUGUCAAGCUAAUAGGUCGGAUGAAAGUAGUCGACAGCUGGUGUAAAGUAAAGCUAACGUUACACUAUCCGAGGCGUAACGUUAAUGUACUGUUCCUGUUGAAGCAUAUGGGUGCUGCGUACUCAAGCUCUCGACUCCCACACAAAAAGGAUUGUCGUUGUGCUGCGGGGGGGUUCAGUGCAGUACGUAUCUGACAGCUUCACAUCUGGACUGCCUGGAUAGCUGUCUAGCAAAAAAAACUGUCGCCUUGGUGGGUAGUGCCGUGAAUGGGAUUCUGCACUAAACAAAGACUGCUUGAGAUGGCUUCCUUCGAUGGGUAGCUAUACAGCUUGCUAGCCAUCGUGUUCCUAAGAAAGGGCCUGUAUCUUGAUCAAAUAGUCUAGCUAGCACUAGCUUUAUAGCUACCGUUAACUUGACCGUCGAACCGUUUAAUUUGGUUCACCACAUCUGGCUGUAAAGGAAAUCACCCAUUGCUAAGACAUUUUGCUACGUGAGGUUGCGUAUAGGUGCAACUAGCUAGGGUGACAUUGCAGUCUCUCUUUACAAUUUGAUAUUACGUCGUCCGAUAUAAAAGUGAAAGUGGAGCAUUGUCCGUCAUACGUAUUAACGCAGUGGGAUUUCUACGUCUGGUCGCCGUUCCCCCCCACCCUCCCCGCGGUGACGGUGAUGGGUCGGAAGCGGUGUGUCGGUGCAGAUUGUUCCAAGAUGGCGGCCGGGUGCUGCGGGGUGAAGAAGCAGAAGCUGUCGGGAUCCCCCGGGUCGGGGGGUCCUGGCGGGGUGGGGGCUGGAAACGGGUUGGCAGGGACCGGACAUUGUGGAUCGGACUUGGGGAUUGGUUCCUCGUCGACUGUUGCGGCGGGGAACGUGAACCGAGUGAACGGCCUGGGAGGUCCUGGAGGUAGUAGUAGUAGCACCAACGCAUUGUCCCCUACACCGGGAGGCUACAACUCAACUGGCCUCUCCCCGAAUCUCAGCCCUGGAUCUGGUUCGGGAAGUGGAGGCAGGAAGAUGGUUGUCUCGGCGGAGAUGUGCUGCUUCUGUUUCGACGUGCUUUAUUGCCAUCUGUAUGGAUACCAACCUCCCAGAACACCCAGGUUUACAAACGAUCCCUACCCCCUGUUUGUCACAUGGAAGAUAGGCAGAGACAAGCGGUUGAGGGGUUGCAUAGGUACCUUUUCUGCCAUGAACCUCCACUCAGGACUCAGGGAGUACACCCUAACCAGUGCCCUUAAAGACAGCCGCUUCCCCCCCAUGUCGAGGGACGAGCUGCCUCGCCUGCUCUGCUCAGUGUCUCUGCUCACCAACUUCGAGGACGUCGGCGAUUACCUUGACUGGGAGGUGGGUGUUCAUGGCAUUAGGAUAGAAUUUUUCAAUGAAAAAGGAUCAAAGCGCACAGCCACCUACCUUCCAGAGGUGGCUAAGGAGCAAGGAUGGGACCAUAUACAGACCAUAGAUUCCUUACUACGAAAAGGAGGCUACAAGGCCCCCAUCACAAACGACUUCAGGAAGACCAUUAAGUUGACCAGGUACCGGAGUGAGAAGGUGACAAUGAGCUAUGCUGAGUACAUCGCCCAUCGCCAGCACCAUCACUACCAGAACGGCAUGACCCACCCUCUACCACCCUACAACCAUUAUUCCUGACAGCGAGCCGCAUGACCAAUCACUGGACCUCUCCGCGGGCCUGUUCCCUGGAGAGCCCGCCCCAUCUUGGUCUAGUUAUCUCUACUACUGUACCAUUUUAUGAUGAUAGUUUCCGUUGCCAUGCUGACAGUCUCCCAGAUGUUGACAUGGCAACGGGUGGCAAAUAAGCAUCAUUUGAUAAUGUUUGGAAAAACAAAAACGAUAUAUAUAUAAAAAAUAACCCUUUUUUUUGCCUCCAAUUGAUUUAGUUUUUGCAGCAUAUAUCUAUAACACCCCUUUUUAUUCAUAUUUUUUGAAAUUCACAAAAAAACAAAAAAAGAUCUUCUUAACUUUUUUUUCAACAAUCCUAAUCAGGUUUUUGAUUCUGUGGAUGGAAGCAAGUCAUAAAUGUAUGGUGAAUUAAUUAUUCUGUUAUUUUGUGUUAUAUUAUAGCGUAGGCUUUGCUAGUUUUCUUCUCCUAGGGAAACAGGCUAUUUUUCUUCUGUUUUUAUCAUUUCUUCAUAGCCGGAUUGGCAUUGUGUGUAUCAUGUAGCAAGCCAACAACAUAAGGCUGAAUCUUUUCCUUUACUUUUGGGAUUCCUCUCCAAAAAUGAUUGACUGUGAGGAUUGUUUUUGGCCUUGAAAACCUUUUUAGUGAAGUAGUUGAACUAGCCGCUGGGAGCCGUAUGCUCCCAGAUGUAGAUUGUAGGGUAGUGAUGACACAAUGUCUUUGUCAUCGUGUUUGCUUUUUUCUGUGUGUGGUUAGGAAUUUGUAGAAAUCGGGACUGGAGUUUGAAACCGCUAGAUUAAAUUAGAAAUUGGAUCAUGCCAAAAUCUUCCCCAUGAUGUCUGGAGGCGAUGGUAAGAGGCCUCAGGUGGGUCAUGGAGUCAUAUUAGGUGGGAAGUCUGAAACCUGAACUAAGGGUUUUUGACAUAGCAUGUUGUUGUCGCUAGCGGUCUCUUUCAAACUGGUGGGGGCGGGGUGGGGGUGUGUGGUCAUGUUGUGUCGUCCUGUCUUUGUGUGAGAGUAGGGGAGAGGGGGGGAGGAAGUAUUGAGGUUAGUGAUGGACAUGCUACAAUUUAAACUAAAAGCCAUAUUCUCUAUUUAAUGCAUGCUUUGUAUACGUGGUGUGUUGAUAGGCUUGAGGUGCUCUCCCCACACAUGUCAAGACGGUAGCCUCGGGGUGUAUUUGGACGUGGGUUUUUGGUUGACCUUCAGAUUUUCUCUGGUGCUGUCUGAUGCUCAGAUGGCCCCCCCCAUACCUCCUCCUAUUCACCGGUGUCCUCCACCACCUGCGCUGGUCACCACGAUACCAGCUGCCGCUCAACGAUGGCGGCGUCGUUGUUUACAUCGGCAUGACGACAUACCCUCACCGGAUGUUGCUAUUGUUCUACGCAUUCGAGGGCUCCCUAGCUUGUGGAAAUUCACCUGUUCUCUGUGCCGCGCUACUGGUUGAGGCGUUGUCAAAGACCCAUUGUGGUGUGGCUGUAUGCUCCGGUAGAAGCAGUUGAAUACCUCGCAGUUUUGUGAUCUGUCGGCAGUUCACCCCCUCCAGAAAUGAAUUGGUUGGAGAGAAUACAGAGGAGCUGCUGUUAUCAUUUGAACAGGAUCGUUUCAGAGCCAGGCUUUCUAAGGACCUGUCAAGCCGUUCUCUGACGAUCAUCUUUGAUUUAGCGUGAGUUGCAUCCACACACUGUAGGUUAGUUUGUAGUCCAGUGUUGUUGAAGAUCACCGGCUGAUCAAAUCCAUCCCAUUUAGGUUGACGUUUUGUGCUCGUACUCGACAGAGAUCUUUCCCGGAACAGCCUUUAUUAAUGGGCCGGUUAUUUUUCUUUUCAUAUGCAAACGUUAAGGGCUUCUGGCACUCCAUCCACAGUAACCCGAAAUGACCCAGAUCUCAGUUGUGUUGCCUUAAUAAAUGAUUUAAUAAAUGACGGACCAGUAAAUUGAGCUUUCGACUGUUCCUAAGUGUUGUCCUACCCAACCAGAACAUACAGAUCAGUGAACAGCCCAGUUAAUACAGUUACCUUCUAAACCUUCAAAACCAGGAAGAACCAAAUACAGGAAGGUAUAUGUUCAUAUCCUUUUGACCUUCCUAGUGAAGUGGACGAACCAACUAUCACCGGAUGUUUGAUCCUGGAGGUGUUCUGUUCUGGUAAUAUUUGCUCAGCUCUCUGGGCGUCGCCUGGUGUUCAGACCUUGCUAAAAGGAUUAAAAUCAUGUAUAAUAAUACAUGUUUAUACCGUUAACGAGUGUCCCUGGACAAACCUUACCCUUCAACAGCCAGGAAGUGGACCAACAUGUACCGGAAACCCCUGCUCACUUAUUUUUGUCAAAUAAGCCCCCCCACCCACCUUCAAAGUAAUAGUUUUCUCUCUAAGUUGAAACAGUCAAGCACUCAUUUACUGGUCUAUCAAAUACAGCACAACCUGCUUUUCCUGCUGCAAAACCAAAUUGUCAACACUUCGUUUUCCGUUACAUGUAUAGCUACACAUAUGCAAUGUGUUUUGUUGCAUGUGUGUACGUGUACAAGACCUAUGGUUCAAUCCAUGACAUGCUUGAUCAACGGCUCACAAACUAUUCGUAAUCUUUUAAGAGAUAAAAAUACAUAAAUGGUGCUAUCAGACCUCUAGUUGGGGCGGUCACAGGUACUGUGACUAGUCAUGCGGACCCAUCUAUCAUAUCGACUUAUUAUCCUUGAUAUAUGCAGAUCUGUGUGAACAGGUGUUUUUUUCCUACCAUUGUGGGUUGUAACUUGUGCAAGUGUGAAAGGACAGGAAGUCAAUGAUUUAACAUCCCUUCUCCCCUUAUUUGCCUCAUGGCCUGGAGGGCCAGAGCUGCAGUACGUCAUCUGGUAGGUAGUAGCAUCAUGGAGGGGGUUCUUUCCCAGGCUGGUGUGGCCCCUUGGAAGCUCACAGACAGAGAGCAAAACAGUCAUGUUUCCCUUACACUCAUCCUAUACCAAGUCCAUUUGAUCUGACCUGUAAUUUAACCAUCUGAACAGAGUUAUUGUUUUUACCAGUUGUGAGAAUGUUAUAAUACGGAAACAAAAUGUGCCCUUUCGGUCUAAAGAACAUUUAUGCCCCAGCAAUCAUUACCAUCAUGAAUCUUGAAACAAGGAGGGUUUUAGUGUAAAGGUAUUCUAUAGUGACAGUUGGGAUUUGGUUCCAUACCAGUUUAGGAUUAUUAGGCCCAGCAUUCACUGUGUCCAUGCAUGUAUUUUCGUGGAAUGCCCACCCUCAAUUACCUUUGUAUGUUUGAACCAACCAAAGAUGCCUCCGGCCAUUUCUAAAUGCUGCUGUUCAGGCCUGGCUUCCUGUCCUUUCAAAAACAACCUACCACAAGUCAACAUGUCUCUCCCCCCCCCCCCCCCCCCCCCGUAUGUUUCUUUCUCUUAUGUUUUUUUCUUUUUUUUGUACAAUUCCUAACCUGUAUUUUAAUUUCUUAAGCGACCUGUUGUAUUAUGAGUUGAUUCUCUCUGUGAUGCCUUACUAGGCAUCAAGGACAAUACAAUUACAUGGUUGCAUAUCUAGUUUGUUUUAUUGUCACUUGUUUUCUUUAUUGUUGUUAUUAUUAUUAUGAUUAUUAUUGUAAUGUUACAAAAAAAGGAAAUCCCAUAGCGUGCCUCCUAGAUUUAUGGGUUUUUAAAUGUUUUUCCUGAAGACCAGCAGUUAUACUUUAUAUAAAAGAUGAGUUUUUCCCUUGUUUUUUAUGCCAUCUAAAGAUGAAAAGCCUGUUUUCUUUACUCUGGACCCAGUAGCUGCACUGGUAUACAAUCGCACUGAUAGAUAAAAAAUAAAUACGUAUAAAAAUUAAAACUGAAUCAAGUAAUCAAUAAUAAUAAUGAUAAUAAUGACAAAUGAAAUAAGUACUAUGAAAAACUUGUUUGGAACUUUUGUAGAAAAUGUACUUCAUGGAAAGAAAAAAAAAAAAAAAAGAAAGUACAAAAAAAAAAAAUAUGGAAAGAAAUGUCUGUUUUUGUAAAAUCAAAAUCAAUUCUUUUCAAGAAAUAUUUUGGAUCUAGUUUUUAAAUUAUUUGAGUGGUUUUCUAUGUAGGGAGGUGUUCUGCUGUGGCACUGUGCAGAGGGAUGGUCUCUGGUGAGGUAUCAUGUACCUGGAGUAGUCCCUCACAGCAAGUUUUUAUUUCUUUUCAUUUCUCUCCCUCUGCUUUAGGAACUUGAAAAAAAAAAAAAACGUUGAUGGAAUAAUACGAACUGGGAAAUAAAAAUGAAAAAAAUCCCUGUAGAGUUAGAUCCUUCCUUCCCAUUGAAUUGCUGUUUAGUGUGAUGAGACUUGGGCAUUUAUGAUUAGUAUGGCUAAAAAAUAAAACGGGAGAAAAAAAAUGAAAAAAGUUAAAACAACAAAAAUUAAAUGAAGUGUGGGAUGGGAGAAAAAAAAUCAUAUAUAUAAAUAUAUAUAUAGAUGGGUGGGUAUGUGAGGAGGUGGAGAUAAUGUAGUUUUAAACAUUGUUAUUACCUUUUAAAAUCAUUUAUCCAAUAAAAAAAUACAAAAACAUUUGAAAAGA